AUGCUGGAUUACUUUAAGAUGUUCUAUGAUGGGUUAAUUUUGAAGACUACUGGAAAAUUGCAACCAGAAUCUGUCAGCUCAGUUAUUGCUCUCACUCAGCCAGUUCUGGUUAUUAAACUUAAAAAUGUGCUCUUGGAAGUCCUCACAACUAUGCACAUCAUCUUAAUGCUACUAACAAAACACUAUCAGCAGAUCUUAGCCUUGGCAUUUGCUAUAAAAGAAAUAAAUGAAAAUCCAAGCUUCAUAGCCAACAUCAGUUUGGGUUUCUACAUCCUCAGCACUAGUGAUAAUGGAAGGAUGACAUAUAAAGCUACUCUCAACCUAAUUUCUGCACACCAGAAGCUGGUACCCAACUUCAGCUGUGCUACACGGAAGAAACAGAUAGCACUUAUUGGAGGGCUUGUCUCUAAAAUCUCUGCUAAGAUUGCCACCAUUCUGAAUAUCUACAAAACUCCACAGGUACUUCCUCUCUCUGUGUGCAAUGAUCCCUGCCUUCCUGGCUACAGCAAGAGAAAGAAAGAGGGAGAUAAAUUUUGCUGCUAUGGUUGUCGUCUAUGUCCAGAAGGGAUGUUCUCUGACAAGAUGGACAUGGAAGCCUGUAUCCAAUGUCCAGAGGAUCUUUAUCCCAGCAGAGAGAAAAAUCAAUGCAUUCCCAAGGAUAUAACCUACCUUUCUUACCAAGAACCUCUUGGGAGAGUGCUAGUUAUGCUGGCUAUUUCUUUAUCUCUGGUGACAGUUCUGGUACUUGGAACUUUCAUUCAGCACAAGAAUACACCCAUUGUCAAAGCCAACAACCGGAGCCUCACGUAUAUUCUUCUAAUCUCUCUCCAAUUUUGCUUCCUCUGUUCAUUACUCUUCAUUGGGAAACCUUCAAAAGUGACCUGUCUUAUUCGACAAGUGACAUUUGCCAUUGUUUUCACUCUGGCCCUUUCUAGUGUGUUGGCCAAAACCAUCACCGUUGUUCUGGCCUUCAUGGCCACGAAACCAGGAUCCAGGAUGCAGAAAUGGGUGGGCAAAAAAAUGUCACAAUAUAUUUUCCUUUCUGGUUCCUUCAUUCAAGUAGCUCUUUGUACUCUUUGGCUCAGUACUUCCCCACCCUUCCCAAAUCGGGAUAUGAACUCAGUGCCUGGGGAAAUCAUACUGCAAUGUAAUGAAGGGUCAGUUGCCAUGUUUUAUUGUGUUGUAGGCUAUAUGGGCUUCCUGGCUGCCGUCAGCUUCACUGUGGCUUUUCUAGCCAGGAAAUUGCCGGACAGUUUCAAUGAAGCCAAAUUCAUCACUUUUAGCAUGUUGGUCUUUUGCAGUGUUUGGUUGUCCUUCUUCGCAACUUACUUGAGCACCAAAGGGAAAUCUAUGGUAGCUGUGGAGGUCUUCUCCAUUUUGUCAUCCAGUGCUGGGUUAUUGGGUUGCAUCUUUUUCCCUAAAUGUUACAUCAUCUGGCUUAGGCCUGAGCUGAACAACAGGGAGCAGUUAACUAGGAAAGGAUGA